UACAGUGCAUGCGGUAACCGUGAUCAACCGUGAUAGCUUUCGGCAGUUUAUAACGAACAUAACGAGCAUGAUGAGAUAACGAAAGUAGCGAAAGUAGCGAAAGUAACUGAAGAAAUAAACCGUCAAAAAUGUAAAAAUCCACCGCGCCGUACCUCAUCCGUGCUCCAUGGCGCCAUAAAUAAAUUUGAACGUUUCCUGUCGAUACCGUGUUAUAUUGCUGCAGUAAUGGAUGAAGACAGAAGCCUGAAGCUGAUUGAUACUGUUUUACACCGCUUCAGUCUGGAGCAGCUGGUGGAUGUUGUUUUCCCAGAGUUGAAGAUAUUAUCAUGGACCAGUGUCAGAAGAAGAAUAAUACAAGGGCAGCUUCCUCUGAAUAAGGAUUUAGUUAUUAGAGUCAUAGUGUUUGCAGUUCAGAAGCACAAGGCAAGAGAUGAAACAUAUGUCACAGAAAUUUUACAGAUCAUUCGACUACUUGAUAUAGUUGUUCAUCAUCAUCGUUUGAAAUGGACUGCAUUUGCCAUGUCUGGACUAAACAGACAGAGGAACAGAAAGCGUUACUACACGAGCAGUGAUAUUCAGGACAACAUUGAAUCCAUUUUUUGUCAAAAGAGAAGAAUUGUGCAUGUUGCAGUGAUUGUACAAGAUGAGAUAUGUUGGAUAAGUUUAACUGAAAGAAAACAUGCUAAUGAUAAGGGACUAGUCAACAAGGCACCAAUCUUUGUGGCACACUUCCCAGGACAACCGUAUUUCUUCAUAUCUCACAGUGGAAAGAAGGAAAAUAUAUUGGAUGUAAUUUCAAGGGCUUUGGGUUACCAUCAUGCUGAAGACUGCAGCUUGUCUGGACAAAAUGUCAGACAUCUCUUCAGGUUUUUGAAAAAUCUUGAAUCUGAUGCUUCGAGCGUACAGGAUGUGCUGCAAGGAGUCAAGGAGUACAGACCUGUCAUGCUUGAAGAGACACCAAGAGGAAUAGACUUCACACAACACAAGAGUCGGUCAGAGGUUGCUGAUUUGUGUUUUGGCAACGAGCCAACAUUACAGCAAAUCAGUGUGAAGUGCUCACCAUGUCAUUGGGCAGUUGGAGAUAUUGUGCCUGAUGCUGAGGGCAAGAGUUUUGGGAGUAUGGAAGUCACAUUCCAGUCACCUGACAUCUUGAAAAUGUUGAAAGAAAUGACUGUGAAGGGUAUUUUUCCCACCCCUCCUCCUACAUAUAUUCGCUCCAUACAGAAGAGAGGAAAGAAUGAAAUUAAACUUGAAAACAAAUGGAUUACGCCUGAAGAUUAAGUUUCUGUGAAAAUAUAAUAAUUUAAUUUUGUGUUUUAGUCUGAAUUACUUGUAUUAAUCAUACUGAUGGUGAAUAGCUUGUUUUUGUAAGGAGCAUUAGUUUAUACUGAGUAUGUGCAAGGGCAAGGCUAAGGAUUUGGGCAAGAAUUUCACAUGUGCACCAACUAGCCUGUACUGAUCUGUUUCCUUAGUUUCAAGAAUGUGGAAGGAGAAACAGUUCAUCUCCCAGAGCACAAUUUCUUGAAGGCCCUACCAGGGGGCUUGUGCUCAGGGCCAGAAAGUUGAAAGAGAGUUAAGCAGUGCAAAAGUAUGGGUCUUUGCUGCUUCCACCAUGGAUGACUGGGUUCAUGCCAGGCCAUGGAGGAUUGCAAUUACAUGGGGCCAGUUCAACAAGAAAUGGAAGCUGGACAGCGAAAGGGCAUAUCCAGCCACAGUUCCAUAUACAAUAUUUAAUUGGCUUGCUUCAUGGAUCUCCCUGUUAGUGGCAGACAGCAUGCUAGAACACCACUGGAAGUUGGCCGAUGGAUGAUCCAAGGCAAUCUAAAUAGUUCUGCUUGUUACAAAGUAAAUGAAGUACUGGGAGAGCUCAACAGAAGAUCUUUAGGAGGAUACUUGUGUGCCAAAAAACCUUGCAUAAGGUAGAGAGUGGCACUAUGGACAACAUGCAAGGAGCAACAUUGGAAGGUGGUGCCAACAAUGUGACUCCUGUGCAGCAAGUUUAGGUCACUAGACAUGGAGACAGGGCCUCAUACAGCAGUUUAACUUUAGGAAACUGUUCGAGGGGAUCACGAGACAUAACAGGACAUUUCCAGGUAGCAAGAAGGGGAAUCAGUACCUCCUGAUUGCUGUGGCCUACUUCACCGAGUGGCCAGAAGUUUGCUGUACCUCUCCAAAGGGCAUCAACAAUUGCAAAUGUUCUGGUGACCAGUAUCUUCUGCCAGAUUGGAGUUCUGAGGGAACUGCACUACAACAAGGCUGGAACUUUGAAUUAUGGCACCUACAGGAGGCGUUACAAAACUUGUGAAUCUGCAAGACACAGACCACAACUCUGCAUCAAAAUUCAGAUGGCAUGAUGGAACGAUACAUGAAGGUAGUAGAGGAGCUCCUGAGGGAGCCAUUUGAGUGCACCAAAGAGACUGGGACAAGGGGCUACCUCUCUUCCUGCUAGCCUACAAAGUACAAACCCAUGAACCCACACAUAUGAUGCCUGCAAGCAUGAGGUUUGGGAGAGAACUGCACCUGCCCUGCAACCUGCUCUCUGAGGCUCCCCUCAACAAAGAGCAACCCAUGAUUGACUACACAAUGGACCUAGUGGAGUGGCUGCAGUCAGUGGUGUGGUAAAUGUAUCUCUGUGAACAUGAAGUGUGAAGUCCCUGGUAGUGUAUGCUGUUUAACACAGUUACGUUCAUUGGAAUUAUAUUCUUGCACUUGAAUUUAGUUGAAUUCAAUUCUGUUUAGUUUGUUUUUGAACAUGAAGUAGAUUGACUAGUAAUACUUGAAUAGGAUGUUCCUCUGUACAUGUAUUGUAUUUUCUUCAUAUAAAGAGUAUUGAAAGUAA